AGUCUAGUAGGUGGCGGUAAUGGCGAGCUAUACUUAAUCUCAAAGGCAGAAGAAGACACAUCUGGAGCACUGAUUUGGAAACAGAACGAGAUUAAUAAAGGUUUAUGGAGCAUUAAUCAAAUCUGCGGAAAUUUUCAUUGCAAAAAAAAUGGAGCGCAUUAAAUCAGAGUUCAUGGAUAUGAAUGAGGAAGAACCCUGUACAGUGAAAGAUGAAGAUACUGAGGAACAAAGCGGUCUGAUGGAGGUGAAAGAGGAACGUCCAGAACUAGACGAUACAGAGGAAAACCAUCAGGAAUCUGUGACCUCCUCACACACUGACAAGAAAAUCUCCCAGAAAAGAAAAUCCGUCACAUGUGAUCUGUGCGGAAAUAGUUUUGUGCGUAAAACAGUCCUGAAUGAUCACAUGAAGAUUCACACCGGAGAAAAACCUUAUUUGUGUGAUCAGUGUGGACGGAGAUUCACGCGCAGACAUCUCCUGAACGAACACAUGCGAAGUCACACCGAGGAGAAGCCUUACACGUGCUCCGAGUGUGGGAAGGGUUUCUCACUGAGUGAAAACCUCAAGAUUCACAUGAGCAUCCACACCGGAGAGAAGCCGUUCACAUGUGAUCAGUGUGGGAAGAGUUUCAUGCGUAAAUGCAUCCUGAGCAAUCACAUACGCAGUCACACCGGAGAGAAACCUCACGUGUGUGUGGAGUGUGGAAAGGGUUUCGCACUUAAAGAAAACCUGAAGUCCCACAUGAGAAUCCACACCGGAGAGAAGCCGUACACAUGCAGCGAGUGCGGACAUAGCUUCACAUUUAAAGGAAACCUUAACUAUCACUUACGGAUUCACACAGAAGCGACGCCUUUCACGUGUCAUCUGUGUGGGAAGAGUUUCACGCAGCCGGACACGCUCUCAUAUCAUCUGCGCUGUCACACCGGAGUAAAACCCUUUAAAUGUGAGGAGUGCGGUAAAGCGUUCAUCCUGGCCUCACAUCUGAAGAAGCACAUGAUGGCUCACGCCAACGAGAGAGCUUACUUCUGCUCUGUGUGUGGGAAGAGUUUCUCACGGCGGGACUGUUUUAAACUGCACCUCAAGAUUCACACCGGCGUGAAAGCUCACGUGUGCUCUGUGUGCGGGAAGAGUUUCAGAAGAGCCGGAGAACUGAAGGGUCACUACAGAGUCCACAGCGGAGAAAAGCCCUACAAGUGUUCGCUCUGCGACAAGAGUUUCAGCUCAUCAUGCACUCGACAGAAACAUGUCCGACAGCACUGUCCGAAGAGGCCGAAGUGAGCAGGCUGCUGUAACCCUGAACACAUUCAACAAGAAGCACAGCUGGACAAACAAAACAGAUCUAAUUAAAGCGACUUUAAUGCACAGACCACUGCUCAUAUGUGUUGCAUCAUGAUGCAUUUAAAAGUAUAAUGUUUAACAUUGUUGUUGCAUGUGAAAUAUAACACAGAUAGCAUUAAAUGAACCUAUGCUAAAUGUUAAUUAUUAGUAACUCUUAUGCCUUUAUCUAAAGCACAUAUCCACCAUGUUUGUAGUUUUUUUAAAAACCUUUUUAUGCAUGUUUGUAGAUCUGAACUGAAUACUCCUCCAGAGCGCAAUGGAUUGUGGGUAAUAUUAGCCAUUAAAGUCUGCAUGUAUCCACA